CUCUCCCUCUCGUCGCCAUGAACAAAUGAAUUCGCGGGGAAUCAAAUAUCGAUUUCACAAAGGAGAGCGAGUCCUGUGCUUCGAACCAGACCCCACCAAAGCUAAAGUGUUGUACGACGCUAAGGUAACGUGCUAAGCUAGCUAGUUCAAUGUAGCACAGACCAAUGAACCGUAGAGGAAAACGCGGGGUUACUUCUGUUAAAUGUGGGACAUGCGAAUCGACUCGUAGGCCUCGGAGAGAUCCGUCUCUAGCCGAUCAGGUUUCCGGGUCACUGAUGUCUUGAUAGGUACAGAUGAACAUGGAACAAUAAUCCCAAAGUAUUACGUUCACUUCAACGGUUGGAACAGAAGCUGGGAUCGUUGGGCUGCUGAGGACCAUGUUCUAAGGGACACAGAGGAAAGCCGUAAAUUGCAGCGUAGACUGGCUCGCAAAGCCCUCGGUCGCAUGAAGAGAAAAGGAUGGUCGAAGAGGCGUCGUCGUCAGUCCGGCACUAAAUCCUCUCUGAAGACUCUCCCUAAGGAGGACGACAGCGAUGACGCAUGUUUGAUUUCGUCUUCGGAGAGCAGUGACGGCGACGAUUCGGACCCUGAAUCUUCAAAUAGUGGGGACAGCACUUUCUCUGAGGAUAUCAACAAAAUGAGAGAGGAACCAGACAUUAAUGUCAAAAGGGAAUGUGAGGAGAAGAUUGUCCAUAUCGACAUCAGCAUCCCGGAUGUUCUGAAGAAGAAACUGGAGGAUGACUGCUUCUACAUCAACAAGAGGAAAAAGCUGGUGAUGGUACCCUGUCAGAUGAAUGUGGUGCAUAUCCUGGAGUCGUACGUGAAACACUUUGCCAUCAACAAGGCGUUCAUGGCCAAUGAGCGGUUCCGGCGGCAGCAGACCACCACCACACAGAGCAGCAGUCCACAGGCAAUCCCUCCAGAGAAGAGCGAGGAGCUGUGUAAGGAGAUGGUGGACGGCCUCAGGAUCACGUUUGACUUCACCUUACCCAUGAUCCUCCUCUAUCCCUGUGAACAAGCCCAGUUCAAAAAGGUCAGCUCGUCCAGGCUCUUUCUGGCCAUGAAUGAAAGCUCCCCAUGCUCCAGCAACACCCAGCGGGACCGCAGCCCGAGCCCGCUGGGACACAACCCCCUGACGCCUCAGUCCACGGACAGCCAGCCGGCACUGAGCGACAUCUCGGCCACCACACCCACGGCCCCGGCACCCACCCCGAAGCGCCGGCGUCACCCUGACAUGGACUGUAUCUCAUUCCAGUCCCAGUCGCUCAGACGCUCCACCAGGAACACGUCUGGAGGCGACCGACCAGCCGAGGGAAGCAGCGGAGGUGGAGGCAGUGCAACAGCGUCCCCGCAGCUCAAACAGCGUUUGAUCGACACCUCGGCCCAACCCAAGUUCUUCCUCAAUCUCGACAGGAAAACCCCAGUGCACAGUGGCUCUUCCUCCCCGCUGCCCUUGACGCCGAGCAAAGAGCGGAGCGGCCCAUUCUACGGCACGGAGAGCCGGAGAAACAACGAGCUUAACGAGGUCCUAAGCUGGAAGCUGACUCCCGAUAACUACCCUCUGAACGACCAACCUCCCCCACCCUCCUACCUGUACGGAUCACAGCACCUCUUGCGGCUCUUUGUGAAGCUUCCCGAGAUCCUGGGAAAGAUGCAGAUCCCCGAGAGGAAUCUCCGAGCCCUGGUCAAACAUUUGGAACUGUUCCUCAGGUUUCUGGCAGAGUUCCAUGAGGAUUUUUUCCCCGAGUCUGCAUAUGUGUCGGCUUCCGAGGCCCACUACAGCAUGAAACAGCCGCGGCCCGUUUACUGAAGGAGGCAUUAGCCGUUGGGUUUUCCUUUCCUUUGCUGUCUUUCCUCUCCCCGCCCCUCUAGCCGGUCAACAUGUACCUGCCUGCGCUCGCGUACAGAGGGAUCACGGCAGCUUUCUCCGGAGCUGAGUUGCUUUGCACUUCCCUGCUUCCCCUUUUCUUCUCCUCUGGCACUAACAUUAGUUUUCCCUCCAGUUGCCGUGCGGAACGCCUUGCUUCUACCAUGCCUCUAACCCUCGUCCGUUCCUCAUUCCUGGUAAUGCUGUGCAUGUGAAGCCAUCCCCGCGCAGCUUCGAUUCAAAGCACUGCUCCGUUGGCUGGUUUAAUUCUUCGUAGACCGCUCCUACUGAGCCCCUCUUUCCAAACCCAUCCUCCUUUUUGUUACCUGGCUUACAGCGCUCUCCAGACCAUGGACGCUUUUCUGUUUCUUGCAUAUUCCCGGCUGGCAAUAACAAUACCGUUUUGAAUCUCUGAUGUGGAAACGGACACAACCGGCACAACUUGGCGAAGCCCUUUUUGUCUCUGCCUUGACUUUUCCUCUUCAUACCCAAAGUAUUGGAAUAUUGUGGUUCCUUUGUAUGUGGGAGGGAAAUUAAAAAAACCCUAGUCCUUGCUAUGAACUGCCUCUGGAUUCUCUUUGGGGUAUUUUCUGCUGUUCUGGAAGCUUGGCGCCUCUUUAUGUAGUGACUUCCUGCAAGUGCUUCUCAUGCAGCGCCGCCAGUGAUCCUCCCCCUGGAAACGAUUACUCCACUGUUACAGUGGGACCUGCUCUUCCUUUCCUGGAGAUGCUCCGCCACUUUCGCUGGGCAAAUCUAAUUUACUGACCCCUCCAGAUUUCCUCUGCAGUGCUUCGAUUUUCCUGCUGGUUGCUUUGUCGUCCUUCUAUGAAUUUCUGAUGAAUGUCUUCGAGCUUUUAAUUUGUCCAUGUUGAUCCUGUCCCUCCCAAUCUAGCUCCCUUUUGAUUGGAAGAACAGCAACAGUGAAAGUAUCACAUAUCUAUUAAUAAAGACAUAUCUUGUCCUGAAGCUUAUUUUAAUACACAGUUAAAGACAUAGGCUGUUUGUUUUUUCCAGUUAACUUAAGAUAUGAGAUAAACCCAUAUCAAAAUGAAAUUCCAUUCUUUGACUGAUGCUGUUUGCUAAACAUUUCAUAGGAAAUAGUUAGAUACGCUCUGGAUCCUCCCCCCCAUGAUGUUGUAAACAUGUAAAUAUACAAAAACAGCUGUUAGGUCAGUAUGUUAUUUAUUUUUCCGCUCACACAAUUGAAUGUUUAAUACAGUGUUUUAUGUUUUCAGGGUUUCCACUUGACUUUUUCAUUUUUGUCUCUGUAAUGUCCGGCCCGUCUUUAUCGUCUCCACAUGUCGAGAUGAUACUUGAAUAAAGAUUUUGUAAAAACUUG